GACUGGGAUUGCUUGUGGUAGGGUGUGACGAAGUGCUGCACGGAUUCUGUGCGGAGGUGACGCGCUUCGGUCGGAAUCGUCUGCUCGGGGACAGAAUGGAGUGUAGGAUUAAUUGUUUGUUGUUAAGUGCUUUCUUCCUGUGGAUGGCUGCCGUUGCUGCCCAGGAGAAGCCUAUGGAAACGAAGUUAUUCAACCAUUUGAUGAAGAUUAAAGGUUAUGAGAAGAAUGUACGACCUGUCCAAAACUCGUCUGAGGUCACAAAGGUCACAUUCAGCGUAUCCCUCGUCAAACUGGCUGACUUGAAUGAGAAAGAUCAGAUUCUUACCACGAAUGUUUGGAUCAGGCAUGCGUGGCACGACUACCAACUGAAAUGGCAGCCAUCCAAGUGGGGAGACGUAAAAAGCCUGAGGAUUCCAAUCAGCAUGCUCUGGACGCCAGAUCUUGUCCUCUUCAACGGAGAUAGUAAGAGAGCCUUUGAACCCUUGGCUGUUGUGAGCUCAGACGGCAAGGUGCUGUGGAUCCCUUACGCAACUCUCAACUCGUUCUGUGCUCUGAACAUGGAGAGUUUCCCCUUUGACGAACAGAUUUGUACUCUCAAAUUUGGCUCAUGGGCUUACGAUGGCUUACAGGUGGACAUGGUGCUCAAUGAGGGCUUCCCUGCUGUCGACACCCGCUACUUCAUGGAACACUACGGCUGGGACAUUACCAGCUCCAAGGUGAACAAGUCCAACAUCUACUAUGCCUGCUGCCCUGAACCAUACCCAGAGGUCAAGAUCACGCUCACCAUGAAGAGGACCGGGCGAUUCUAUUCCUACUUCUACGUAGCUCCAGCAGUGUUGCUGUGUUUUCUGAUUCCUUUGAUCUUCUGGCUGCCUGUAGGAUGUCAGGAAAAGACGACCAUCGGUAUUGGGAUCCUCAUUGGAAUGAGCGUACUGAUAAUGAUGCUAGGUGACCUCCUGCCUUCCGACACCGAGUCAAUGCCGCUGUUAGGCCAGUAUUACAUAGCGGUGUUCGUCCUUACGGUCCUGGCAUUAAUUCUCGUGACCUUCACCAUUAACCUUGGCAAUGCGGAGAAUAAAGACAGUCGUGUGCCAGAUUGGCUAAGAAAGACGUGUCUGGUGUGCGUUGGCCGCAUCUUCUGUGUCAUCGAGGGCCACAAGCACCCAGGGGCUAGCGAGGCAACCAGUCCGGAUGGAGGCGAGUCCGUGGGACUCUCGGAGAAGGGAACAACUGAACCUGGCAGGAUGGAGUGCUGCCUGUUCACAGCAGAAUGGCGCCGCGUGGCGCAGGUGUUUGACAGGCUCUUCUUAGUCGUCUUCCUGGUGUUCUGUAUCAUUCUCACCGUAGCUCUGCUCUGCGGUUAAGAGGUGACACAGCCCAGCGAUAGCUAGGUGGCAGCUAGGAGAUAGCAUAUUCAACAGCAACAAAAAGUACCUGCAACGUGGCACAUUUAACGGCAAAAUCGUACAAACGAUAGGUUGCUGACAAUAUACAUGUACAAUCCAUCAGUUAGUUCUCGUAGACAAACCGAUUCCUUGGUUAUCUCAAGGAAAAUGAAUGUCCAAUGAAGUCGGGUCUCUGUCAGAUAAAUCAGGAAAAAUUUAGAGAAGCCGUUCAGAAACCAGAAAAUGUAUUCCACCAGUAUCUUCCUGCUGCCACCUGCAUGCACGUCAAAGAGAACCGCCAUAACGAUGGUGACAGACAGAACUCGCGUUGUCAGCCGUCCGGUUGGUAUUGUUUCAGCGAAACACAAAGGGGUCGGCUCAUGUUUACUUGGCCGUUAGGGGCGUCCGGUCAGCCUGUCGUCCCUCUAAUGGUAAUAAGCAUAUUCCAAUUUCAACGUGUUUCGCUGAAGCGCGGAACCAACCGGAUAGACUGACAGUGCGUAUUUUGUCAUGUGGAUCACCGCAGUGAUUAUACAUCGCCCAGAAAAGAUACAAAUGAUGGGUAAAAUUGAUCGUCUAGGGUGUCAUACAAAUCACGAAACGGUUGUUGAUUGUCCUUGUAGAGAUACAUCAUAUUCGUGUGUCGUCGACUUCAAUUGUUGUAUCAACAUUUGAUCAAUGCAGCAGUCAUUAUUUAUUCGAAAAUACAUGUAACAUUUUCACUUUGAUGAGGUCAGGUGCAGAAACGCCACACCUGCAAUGGUGCGUAUUUGCAUUCCUUACAUCCCCUAUCUACGAUUGGGUUAUUUGUCGUCAACGCUAUGGCCUGGUACUCCAGCCAGAAGUCAAAUCAUGCAAGAGCGGAAUAUCUUAUAAAAGUGAAAAGAGAGUAAGUAGCGUGGAAACUCGAGCUAUUGCGAGGUCAUCUUGUAACUCGCGAAUUACUCUUGAUAAUUGGAUUGGAGUAAUUUCAUCAUCGAAGGAGCAUUACCACCGUUAGAUGAUAUCGAUUGCAAGAAUAGUCGUCCAAUAGCGAUAGCUUCUUCGUGGCGAACCAAUAGUGACGUAAAUUUAUUCAAAGGAAAACUUCUGGUGACAAAGAAGAACGGUACUUAAUCAAUGUGACGUAAACGAAGAGUUUUAAGUAAAUGAAUGGUUCGAACGGAGAAACUCGCCCGAUAUUGGACAAGAUGCCAACAUUAUAACAACGAAUUGUGUUUUUACUGAUUAAGAUCUCAGGACGGUCUAUUAAGAUAAAUGUAACAUUAUUGUAACUGUUGUAAUCGCACUUAAUUUGUAUGCGUUUUUCACUGUCGCUGCAUAACGAACUCGAUAUCAAGGGAUAAGAAUGCGUCCUACUUAAAAUAAUAGUGGCGCCACCUACAAAAACAGCAUCUUGCAAUUAGUCGGUGGCUCCGCUGAUGGUGAGGAGGGCACAUUUUCUCAUACGUCAUGUCCGUUAAAUUGUAUUUAAGCACAAACCUAUCGAUUGGUUUUCGAUUCAACGUUGUUUUGGAUUUCUGCAUGUCUCAAAUUUAAUUGUAUUUUCUAUGUAAACAAUAUCAGAGAAGACGAUAUAUGUCACCAACUAUGAUGCAGCCUGUCAUACCGGCUCGGCUCAAACACUACCACUUGUACAUUUAACCUCAAUAGCCCUUAUGAUGAUUGCCAUCUCAAUUCGUAUCACUUUCCAAGGCAAGCAAAUGGUCAGAUAUCAUACCGAAAUGAAUUUACUCCUUUCUGAUUGGUUCAGACGAGGAGGCUGCCUGGAUUGACAACUUCCGAUUGGUCAAUUCGAUGAGAAAGUAGUUGAUGCUGUUUUAGAAAAGUAGUCAAUAAUUUAUUGGUAUCAGAUUGAGCAAAGUUGAGCAAACGCAUGAUAUUUUUAUGAGAAAAUACUGUGGUUGAAUACAAUGUCAAUGUAAGGACACUUUUUCUAUUGGUACACUGAAAAUUCCCACACCGGUAUACAACAUAUUUUGUUGCACACGUCACAAUACGCAUUGCAUCAUAUGGUAACUUGCAAACGCCGUGUAUUGUGUUUCUUUUCAGUGUACAUGCAUAUGAUGUUAAGCUUCUCUUUCUAGUAAAGUAAAGAUACAGUAAUCCAGUUUCGCACCAUGUAUUUUUAUUGCAUUUCUAUAUAACCCGUUUUACUUAUAUCACAUUUUCGAUUCCAGUUUUCUGAUACUAGGUGGCUGAAAAUAAACCUC